AUGGUCCAAUUUUGCCCUAUAUGCCAAGUAAAAGUAACUGAAAGAAACAGAAAGAAACACAUCAAGAUGCAUGAAAUACAAAAUAUGCAAGCUCUUCAAGAAAGAAUCAGACAAGAGAGAGAUUGGAAUCAAGUCAAUUCUUUUUCUUCAGUAUUAUCUCUAAAGUGUACUAGAGCAGAAACAAUCUCUGGUGAUGAACAGACUUACAUGUGUUCCAAUCAAUCAAAUGAUGUGGACAACCUUUCAGUUGAGAACAAUUGCGAUCCUGCAGAUUUUGAAGAAGGAGAGAAAUCACCUGCUAUAAAUGCAGAAAACAAUCAUAUGGAUACAGAAAAUUCAAAUGUAUCAUCCGACAAUGUCGAAACUCAUGAAGAGAGUGUGGAAGAAAGAGAUGAUUCUUUAUCCUUGUUUAGUUGCUUGGGAGCCUUUAAAAACACUGUUGAAAGUCCAUUAUCUUUUGAGUCUGUUACCAAUGGCAAAUUGUUUGGAACGUUAAACGAUACAGAACAAUCAAAUUACAAGCUUAUAUUGCCAUACAAGUGCGAUAAGAUAAUGAGCGAUACUUUGAACAAAAACAGUACCACAAAAUAUGAUAUGUGUAUAAACGGAUGCAAAAUGUACUAUCCUGGUGAUGCUAGCAUUGCAUGUUGUUUUUGUAAUGAAGAAAGAUAUGAAGGCAUUCUCCCAAGAAAAACAACCUAUCAAUUGUCAAUUGGCAGACAGUUAGCCGAUUUCCUUGCAAACAGUGCCAAUGUUUCUAAAAUUGUGGAGUACAAAAAAACUAUUAUUGAGGAUUCCUUGACAGUUAAAGAGCCAGUAUAUAAAAAUGUUUUCAAUGGAAGCGUUUUUGGUGAAGUCAGAGGAAUGAAAGAGCUCAGCCUUGUCCUGCAUAUUGACGGGUUUAACCUAUUCAAAAGAGGUGGAAUAUCUAUAACAAUCAUUAUGGUCACAAUUCUAGACCUUACACCAACAGAAAGAUAUAAGCAAGAAAACAUCUUCAUUAUUUCGAUUAUCUCUGGACCAAAAAAGCCAAAAAAUUUAUUUAGUUAUCUAUACCCAGUGCUUCAAGACUUUCUUGUUUUUGAGAGUCAAGGGUUACAAAUGAACUUUGAAGAUGACUUGACUUCUUUGUACAGAGCCAGUAUUGCUUUUGUGAUUGGAGACAUUGUUGGAAUUGCUGAGCUGUGCAUGCAUUCUGGACACUCUUCGUACUACAACUGCAGAGUAUGUAAGAUCAGAGGAGACCAGCAGCAGAAAAACCAAAGAGGCAUAUAUUUCAGCAACAUGGCUACUAGUAACAAUAGAAGCAGACAGAGUUUUAUUGAGGUUGAUACUGAAUAUGAAAUUAAGAAACCCACUCCUUUUGGUAUUCUAUCAAGUUUUACUGGAACAUGUUUUUUUGGACUUGACAAACUAUAUCUUUGGGGUCAAAAUAUUGGCAAGCACCUGUGGGCAAUAGUCACUGAUAAUGGGCAAAAGAAAUCUGAUAUCUCAAACCCAUUAUUCCUAAGGAAGCCAUACAGAGUUACUUUGGCCCUUAGCAACCAUCAUAGCAAGAAUAGAAGCUUUUUAAAUAUGGCAACCUCUGCUGGCUAUGGUAGAGCCAUUGAUUAUAUUGACUUCUUGAUGUUUGUGGUUUUUACUCUGCUGGUUGAAGCUCUAGAACUUCAAACUGAAGACCUGAAGAUAAAUUUGAAAAAUGAAAAGAAAAGAAAAGGAAAAGGUAAAGCUGCCAAAGCAACAAUCCUGAAUCAAAGCAAUGAAGUUGAUCCUGAGGAACAAAGCAUUGGAACUGGAAUCGAGACCGCUAUAAGUUGUAUGGAUAGAACGGCUGAGGCCCUUGCAUCACUUUCCUUGGUUUGCCAGCUAUCAGAGAAGCUAUAUAUCAGUACAGAAGAUGUCUCAGCCAUUGAACAUCAUGUAAAUAUAUGGCAUGCAUUUCUGCGAGAUCUUGUUGAAGAGAAAUGCUUCACCAUAAACCAGCACUACCUGUUACACCUCAGCAAAUAUAGAACAGAGAUGGGUCCGCUAAAAGAGUAUAGUGCUUGCGCAUUGGAAAGAACUAUAGGCCUAUGCAAAGAAAACAUAAAGUCGCGUUCAAAGCCAGGGGAAAACGCUAUAAACUUUAUGUGUAAUAAUUUUGCAAGUGCAAAACAAAAAUGGCACUACGAACUCAAUGAAAGGGAUGAAACUCACGAAGCUGACUGUACGAAUAUUUCUUCUGACAAGUUGGAUAUGAUGCUUGAUGCUGAGAACAUACCUUUUGAUGAAAUGUUGCUAAAUUUCUGUGUUUGUGAAAACAUACCCUUCAACUCAAAAGUGCCCAUAGUUAACAGAGUAGAGUAUACAGUUGCCGGCAAUCAUCAGACAGUAAAGAAAAUUAGAGGAAGAGAUGGGAUUGAUAUAAUUUCAAAAGAGAUCACUCUGGACAUGUCUUUAAAACUUUUUAUAAUCAACAUUUAA